UUUUUUUCAUUGCAGUCUCGGGCUUGCUCGGGACGUGAGGAAGAAAGGAGCUGUAUGUCAAGAUAAAACGCAAUCUCAAAUGUUGGCAGCACUCUGGAACCCGUCUUGUAUGAUUCCGAAGUUGACCGGAGGUCGGUAACUGCUCCGUGCUGCGGUUGAUGAAUGCGCAUGCGAAAGUGAGCCGAAAGCACAAAGCCGGCGACCUAAACGACAAUUCAUCGAUCCCGCCCACCAGACUAGGCCUGCUCGACGGAAAUGGAAGCGCAGAAGAUCCCCGAUGAUGUCCUGCGCGCCGUCUACGCGUCAGACCAGGCGAUGUACCCCGUGUCACUUUCCUACACGCGGCUAAGGGCAUGGGUCGACACAUGUCCGGACCUGUCCAUUUGCUUCUUCUGGGAGAAUGAAAGCCGGGCUGCGGCUGCCGUGGGCGUCGUGAUCGUGCUCCCUCUCCGGCGACCGCAUUGGGAGGAUCUGUUGGCGGGACAUCUGAGGGAGAUGGACAUUGAUCCCAGGCAGAUGUUCCCUGCUCUCCCUGCUUCCGACGAAAGCCGCGUUGGAGAGGAGGAGGAAGUAGGACAGGCGGAGGAGGUUGGCUUGCAUGUUUACCACAUUGAGCGGUUCGAUUCGGGUGUCACGGGCGUUGAGAAGGAGGGACGGAAGAGGGGGAGGCGCUUUGCUGAGCUUGCGCUGGAAGAAAUUGAGAGACGGAUGCGGCUUUUGUCGGGGUGGAGGGUUGUUGGUAUGUCAGCGCUUACGGCUACGCCGGCAGGGAAGAGGACGUUUGAAAGACUGGGCUUUACGCCUACCGGCUAUCGAGAGUUGUUCGUGGUACACCGAGCGGCAGAAGCGCGUUCAACAACGGGCGAUGUACCGCAGGUGGAGAUUAUCUGUCUCUAUCCCGGUGAUGACGCUGAGCCUGCGCAGGCUGCCGGCGGCCGCGUCAUCUCUUCCGUGUCUGAGAUGGUGGUCAGGUUCUCCAAAUAGUUGCGGACAUCCGCGACGUGGAUGCAGCCUCGCCGGGUUGAUAACAAGAACUCAUCAUUGAUUGCACUCGAGUCUCCUGCCAUGCAAAAUCAGUACCACCUUGCUGCUGUCAGGGUCCGGGCGGAAGUUGAACAGACAAGAAUAAUCCUCAACUUCGCACUUGCCCCCCCUUUCCCUUCCCACAUCACACACCUCCCCGCACUCUCUCUGUGUAUUCCAACUGAAAAGUUCAAAACCAAAACCUCCACCCCUCCAUCUCAUCCCUUCCCGUGGGCAACCCUUUCCCCUUCUCCUUUUCCUUUCUUCCUUCCCCCUCCCCCUCCC